UAUUUUCGGUGAGUGGAGCAGAAUUUGCCGCCACACCCAAAACCUCAGACAAUCUCCAACCGCUUCUCUCUAGGGUUUGGGGUCUUAUUCCUAAUUAUGGGCGGCCAAAAGAUUCAUAAUACUGAAACGGAAGCUCUAAACUCCAUGGAAAACGGCGAAUCCAAGCGUCAGAAAAAGCACAAGGACAAGCAGAAGAGAAAGCUCGAUGAAGCUGAUGCUGAGUUCGCUGGGGAAUCGUAUAAAGAUGUGAAAAAGAAGAAUAAGGAACAGGAACAAGAAGAAGAGGAAGAGAUUCCAAAUGGUUCGGCUGAGAUCCACAAGAAAAAGAAGAAAAAGCAGAAAAACGAGGAGGUUUUGAAUGAUGGUUCUGUAGAAAUUCCGAAAGAGAAAAAGAAGAAAGACAAGGUGGGGAAAGAGGAGACUCUGAGUAAUGGGUCAGUUGAAGAAACAAGAAAGAAGAAGAAAAAGGACAGAGAGGGAGAAGAAAAAGAGGAGGAGAAGAAUGCAACUGACGAGGUAAGAGAAGGCAGUGGUGUGGUGGUAUCUGGGAAGAACGUUAAUGAUUCAAAAUACAAGGCAUUGAAUUCAUUCGCGGAGUCCGGGCUUCCUGGGGAGGUUUUAGAAUGCUGCAAGACAUUUGAUAACCCGUCACCAAUUCAAUCUCAUUCAUGGCCUUUUCUGCUUGAUGGCCGCGAUUUUAUUGGAAUUGCAGCAACUGGGUCUGGUAAAACAAUUGCGUUCGGAGUUCCUGCUAUUAUGCACGUACUAAGCAAGCGAAAGGGUAAGACUGCCAAGAAAAGGAAUCCACUUUGCCUUGUUCUGUCACCUACAAGGGAGCUAGCUCAACAAAUUUUCGACGUUCUUUGUGAUGCUGGGAAGCCUAGUGCAGUGCAGUCAGUUUGUAUAUAUGGAGGAACUUCUAAAGGGCCACAGAUAUCUUCUCUAAAAUCUGGUGUGGACAUUGUAAUUGGGACUCCUGGCCGUUUGAAAGACUUGAUUGAAAUGGAAGUGUGCUCCCUAAAGGAAGUAUCUUUCGUGGUUCUUGAUGAGGCUGAUCGAAUGCUUGACAUGGGAUUUGAACCUGAGGUUCGCUCAAUAUUAAGUCAAACAUCAUCUGUUCGCCAGAUGGUAAUGUUUAGUGCGACAUGGCCUCCACCUGUGCAUCAAUUAGCUCAAGAAUUCAUGGAUCCCCACCCAGUUAAGGUGGUUGUGGGUUCCGAAGAUUUAGCUGCCAACCAUGAUGUCAUGCAAAUAGUAGAGGUGUUGGAUGAUCGAGCACGUGAUGAAAGGUUGCAGACUUUGCUAGAGAAGUACCACAAGUCUAGGAAGAAUAGAGUAUUGGUUUUUGUUCUAUACAAGAAAGAAGCAUCUAGGGUGGAGAAUAUGCUUAACAGGAGGGGUUGGAAAGUUGUUUCUAUAAGUGGCGAUAAAGCCCAGCAUGCCAGAACCCAAGCAUUAUCAUUGUUUAAGGAGGGAACAUGUCCUCUAAUGAUAGCAACUGAUGUGGCUGCUCGAGGAUUGGAUAUUCCUGACGUUGAAGUUGUGAUAAAUUAUAGUUUUCCUCUCACAACAGAGGAUUAUGUGCACAGAAUUGGUCGAACAGGUAGAGCUGGUAAGAAGGGAGUGGCUCACACCUUCUUUACAAAGGAAAACAAGGGACUUGCUGGGGAAUUGAUAAAUGUUCUCAGGGAAGCUCAGCAGGUUGUGCCUGAAUCCUUACUGAAAUUUGGGACUCAUGUCAAGAAAAAGGAAUCCAAGUUAUAUGGUGCUCAUUUCAGGGAAAUCAAUGCUAAUGCUCCCAAAGCUACAAAAAUAACGUUUGAUAAUUCUGAUAACGAAGAUUGAUUCAACGGUUUCAGGAAACUGUCAACAUUGUUCCAAUUUUUUCAGUUAAACAUCACCAGAAAUAUGAAUAUUCAGCGGUGAGUAGCCAAAUACCAGUUAAAAUCCUUGCAUCUUUAGUAAGUAGUAAAUCAAGGCGACGAGGAAGAUCAAUUUUGGUUUUGCUUGUAGUUGUUAAUUGUUAUUAUAGAAAAUUGGAAAUAUGGGAUAAUUUUUAAUUUAUUCCAAGGGUUUUUGUUGCAUUGCAGUUUGAUGGUUCCUCUUUAGCUAAUAAUUCUUCACUUGGUUUUCUUGGACAAAUUUUGAUGAUGCUUCUUUGUGUUGUUAUAGAGUACUACUGUGAUUCUAAGGUCUCAUGUGGUUUCUUUUUAAAGGUUCUAUUUCAAUUUCCAGUUUGUA